AUGAUUCUGCUGAUGGCCAUGACAGACGUUUUCCUGCUUCUGGGCUGGGUGUGGCGAUCGAACAGCCUCUGCUCCCCCACCACCUUUUACAAGAACUGCUGGAUCCGACAGUUCCCGGGCCUUGCCGUUGAUCUGGAGCUCUCACAGAAGAAAGGGGCCCGCAUCCUCAAGAGAUACUCAGCAGCUUCUGCCCAGCAGUGCAGCCAAACCUGCUGCCUCCUCAGGAACGUUUCCUGUAAUUUGGCAGUUUUCUACUCUGAAACCAAUAAUCAAAGCCUUUCCUGCCUCCACGCUUAUUGUCCAGCACUGGAGAGCUGCAUACUGAAGCCGGGGACCAGUGUUGUAUUAUACAACAUCACACCAGGAAUUGAUCCAGAUCUUCUUGUGUUUGAGAAGCUGUCUUUUAAAGAGCCAAAUACCAGGACAUUUAAUAAAUGGGAGAGGCAAGGCAGCGCAAGAGCUGCAGAAUCAGAAAUAUGCCAGGAUGCAUCGAUGGGUUCAAAGUGCCUUCCAGCCACGGCCUCAUCUUCAACGAUGGUCCAAGACCUGGUAGCCAGCAGCAGCCAUACUCUUGAAAACAACUUGGUCCACAAGACUGCAUCCACCACACAUUUCAGAUCUACACCUGCACCACCUAAAGAUCAUUUCACUGAAGCGAUGGAUGUUAUCUCAGGAGCAAAGGGUUCAACGGCUAAUCCAGACAAUGCAUCUGAGCUUCCCACUCCUACACUCCCAUCCAUUAAAAUGUUGUCCCACAUACCCAGCCCAGCCCACCUGAACAGCAGCAAAGAACACUUGAACGAAACCAAAGGCUACAGCGGGAGGAAUCACACUUCAGAUAACGAAGGCCAGCGGCCAGCCUGGGAAGGGGUGGAAAGGAGCACCUGGUUCCUUCCCGCAGUGCUUUGCUCCUCUCUGGUUCUGAUUUGCUGUUGCACGGCUCUCCUUGCAGCGGGAUGCCGCCGAAAGAGGAGGGGUCGCUACAAGCCAAGGCGCAGAGGAGUGUCAGGACCCCGGCAGUUCAUAAGGUACACGAUGGUUAAUGACAGCCUUUAAGGGGAAAUAUUCCCAAGUACAAUGUAGAGGUGAACAGCUUGUAUUCUUGAUGGGCGGAUGGAGUGGAGCUAUUUUUAUUUUUUAAAAAUUAAAUGAUUGUUUUGAACUGUUUGCGUUUCCGAAUCCUUCGUCAUUAAAUAAGAUUAGAGACCCCCACCCAGUUUUCAAAUUGUGUGUUCUCAGUUUGCAAGUUUAAAAAUCUCGUUCUCUAAUAAGACUCGGCCCUU